AUGGAGGGAGUGCGAGGAGAGGAGAGCGAAGAGGAUGAGAUAACGAGCGAGCGACCAAAGACGAAGAAUCUAUGCGAGCAUGGGCUGAAGCGAUCACAAUGCAAGGACUGCAUAGGGGGCAGCCCAUGCGAACACGGGCGGCAGCGAUCACAAUGCAAGGAGUGCGGGGGCAGCAGCAUAUGCGAGCACGGGCGAAUCCGAUCACAAUGCAAGGACUGCGGGGGAGGGGGCAUAUGCGAGCACGGGCGAAUCCGAUCACAAUGCAAGGACUGCGGGGGAAGCGGCAUAUGCAAGCAUCGGCGGCAGCGAUCACGAUGCAAGGACUGCGGGGGAGGGAGCAUAUGCGAGCACGGGCGCCAGAGAUCACAAUGCAAGGACUGCGGGGGAGGGAGCAUAUGCGAGCACGGGCGGCAGAGAUCACAAUGCAAGGACUGCGGGGGAAGCGGAAUAUGCGAGCACGGGCGGCGGAGAUCAUCAAUGCAAGGACUGCGGGGGAGGGGCAUAUGCGAGCACGGCCGCAUCCGAUCGUCAUGCAAGGACUGCGGGGGAGGGAGCUCGGAAUGUUUAGAGUAA